AUGGACAAGCUGUUGUACUACAUAAUUCAUCUGAAUUGCUACAAAGGCAUAGUGGUCUUUGAGCGAGAUGCAAAGAGGUUGGUUUAUCACGGAGUGAGACCGGCUCCCGGGAGUAUUGUGAUAUCUGCUAUUCAGGCUGAGCAAAUGAUAGAGCGGAACUGUGAGGCGUAUUUGGCGACAAUUUCUAUGUGGGAGUCAGGAGCUGGGGUUACUAUGAGUGAUAUUCGGCUGAGGGGUGCUACUUGGUUCUCCAAGAUGGAGUUGGUGUCGGUGUCGGAUUAUCAUCAAAUCCCGAUAGAUGAGGCAGAUGUCAGGAAGACUACGCUUAGGACGCGUAAUGGGCAUUUUGAGUUUGCGGUGAUGCCGUUUGGGUUGACAAAUGCACCGGCAGCCUUCAUGAGAUUGAUGAGCGACAUGUUCAGAGAGUAUUUGGACGUGUUCGUCAUCAUUUUCAUCGAUGAUAUCUUGGUGUAUUCGAGGAGUCUUGAGGAGCAUGUGACUCACAUGAGGUUGGUUUUGGAGAAGCUUCGGGAGCAAAAGCUUUUUGCUAAGUUGAGAAAGUACAGUUUCUGGCAGCGAAAGAUGAGAUUUCUUGGCCACAUUGUUUAUGCACAAGGAGUUUAUGUGGAUCCGGCUAAGAUUGAGCCUAUGACGAAGUUGACUGGGAAGAAUGUCUCAUUUGUGUGGUCACAUGAGUGUGAGGAGAGCUUUAGGCAGCUCAAGAAGAUAUUGACUACUACACCGAUUUUGGCGUUACCCGAGCCAGGGAAGCCUUAUACAGUAUAUACAGAUGCUUCAGGCAUUGGUUUGGGCUGUGUGUUGAUGCAUGAGGGUAGAGUUAUUGCAUAUGCUUCAAGACACUGA